AUGAGUCCGCCGAACUGGGCCGCCAGGGUGUAUCGGCUGCGGAGGCUGCCUCACCACAUCACCGACGCGGCGGAGGCGGCCCGGUUGCUUGGUGAUGCCCUCGGCAUCCCGCCGGACGACGUAGUUGUCUACUCGGUGGCCCAUACAUUCAACCGUCUCGAGUCUCCUCCCUCAAAAGUCGCAACGCUCCAACUCAAGAGCUCGCCUAGCUCGCUACAACUCGACGACGGCAAGGAUGAGUGGAAGAUCCCCCUCCCUGGUACCCUGGAUUAUCUGCUGCUUGAUACCCACUUCUUGGGGAUGACGGUUCUCAAUCAUGUUGACGCCAAUUCGCACCAUACCGACUGCAUUGCCAUCUCUGGCUUGGCAAGUCAUCCCUUUGGGUCCUGGCAGCCUCACGGAGACGACAAGACUUUUAUGUGGAUCAGGGAUGAAGCUUCAAGGCUGAUAUCUGGAACCCGAAUGCUCCUAUACGGUUACAACUCCCAGUUGAUAAAGAGCGAGUCCUUCCAAAAGAUCGGCGAUAUCUCACUUGGCCUGAUACACCAGCUCAAGUACGGCGGCUGGGGGCUUCCGUCAUCGAAGCCGAUCGUCUUCCUAGCUCACAGUCUAGGCGGUAUCGUGCUCAAGGAUGCCAUCUUACAGAUUGCAGGCCUCCAGCUCUAUGCGUCUAUCCUGGACAGGGUGAAGGGGGCAAUCAUGUUUGGCGUCCCGAGCUUGGGAAUGCAUCAGUCACAUCUGAUGAUGAUGACUGAAGGGCGGCCCAACGAGAUUCUGGUUCAAGAUUUGUCGCGCGACAACGGAAGCGUAUACUUGCGUGACCUCAAUACGCGAUUCGACGGUCUGGCCUUUCUGAAACGAGCUACCAUCUACUGGGCCUAUGAGACCAAGGAGUCGAUAACUCCUGCUCUGCAACCAGAUGGAACAUGGGCUAAAAACGGGUCUCCCGAGGUUUUGGUCAACCCCGACUCCGCAACCUCAUACCGCAAUACCAAGAACAAGAUCAUGACGAUUCCGAUUGAUAAGGAUCAUUCUGGAAUGGUCAAGUUCUCUAGCGGAGACAGAGAUCUGGAGACCAUUCUACUUAUUCUCGCUGAGCUUUGUGACCAACAGGACCAUAGAAGCGGGAUGAUCUCGGGAGUACAAGUUGAGGUAGAGGUCGAAGAUACAGAGCUGAAAAUGCACAAGCCCAUGUCGGCAAGUGAACAAGAAGCUUUUCGAAUGCUACGCAAGUAUCUUUCACUGGAAAAUAAAAUGUACACCGAACUGCAUUCGCGAGAACUCAGCACUCGCGUCGACCAGAUCGAGGAUCCCUAUGAAAAUACCUUCAGUUGGAUCUUCGAGCUGCCCUCGUUCUGUAGCUGGCUCCAAGACGGCUCAGGGCUCUUUUGGAUCAACGGCAAGCCGGGGUCGGGCAAAUCGACCCUGAUGAAGUACAUCUACCAGAGCGAGACGACGUGGCAACUCUUGCACAGCUGGACACGGAGCACCACAGAAGUGAAGGAACUUCAAGCUGGGUUCUUCUUCCAUUAUCGAGGGACGCCGCUGCAGAAAUCGUUUGAGGGGCUGUUGAGGAGCCUUAUUCUGCAGAUCUUUAACCAAAUGGACAGUUUUAGGAAGCGAUGGGGAGAGUUUGAGUCCCUUGAUGAACUGGAGACGAAGACAAUUAAGGAGAUAGAGAAGUUGAAAAGGAUGAUGGACCUGCCAGGUUCGGGGCCAACUCCGAUGUCGCGAAGACAAUUGGAAGCAAAGCUAAGGCAGGAAGAGCAGAACCUCGAUCACUGCCGGAUGACUCUGGCGCGGAUUCUUGCGGACUUUAGACCGUUUCGUGAUUUACCCACUACCAAGCAUCUCAUUCGCGUGGUCGCAGAGUAUCACAACUCUACAGAAGGUUUAAUUCCCCGCCUAGAGAGGAUUCUCCGCCUCUUGUUAUAUCAAGAUGUCAUCAAGAUGGAUGUUGUUUUAUUUUUCGAUGCUCUAGAUGAGUACGACGGCCACACGGACAUGAUAAGUCAGUUUCUGCACAACUUGGUGCAAGCGUCGACGUCAAAUGUUCGUGUAAAGAUAUGUUUCUCCAGCCGGCCUUGGAAGGCCCUGAUAAAGCAAUUCUCCGACUCUCCCGGGCUGUCGUUGCAAGACCACACCCAGGAGGACAUCGAGAUGUAUGCCGCCGGAAGACUAGGUGGCUCUACGGAUCCAACGGGCGACAUUCUAUCGCUCGUGCCAGUGAUUGUCGCCAAGGCAAGCGGCGUCUUCGUCUGGGUCAGACUUGCGGUAACCGAAAUCGUCAAUCUUUCCACCAGCGAGAACAGCAGCCAUUCCAUCAAAGACAUGGAGAAGCUACUCCUCGAGCUGCCCGACGACCUUCACUCCUUCUAUGAGCUCAUCGUGGAGCGGAUCGCGGUGACCCAUCGCCGAAACACCUUUGCGCUCCUGGAACUCAUCAUCCGCCAGGACAGUCCCCAGACCGUCCGUGCCAUAUGGCUAGCCGUACAGAUAUCGAGAUGCGCCACGCUGGAAACUGCCAUUACGCACAUCGACACCAUCGACCCCCUGGUAUACUUCAAGGGCAAACACACAGGCGACAUGCAAUCGGACAUAUUAGCAUGGGGCGGCGGCCUGGUCGAAAUCCAGGGCAAUCAGGUGCAGCUAAUGCACCAGACAGUUCUUGAGUUUGUCCUCAGCGUGUCGUUUAAGCGCGCAGUGCUGGGCAACCUGGCCACCGUGGUGGCGGAGAACGGGCAUUCGUACCAUGUGAAGUUCCUGAUCGCGACGGAGAUCAGGAACAUUCGUUACUCUCAGUACAUGCCCCCGGAGAACUCUACGCAGUACCAUUCUCAGCAGUCGGAGCUCACGACUGGGCAGAGCCAGCUUCCCUUCCUUGAAAGCGUGCCGCCAGAUGAGUUAUACAUCCUGGUGACGAAGACGAAUUACUUUCCAUCCCACCCAGAAGUCCCUUCGAUUGCUGUCUAUGCCUCAUUCAACGGGCUGGCCCUCUGUCUCAAGAGGUGGCUAGAGAAGAACCCCGGCACCCUUGGCAAUAUUCCUGCCGAGGUGUCCUACUGCCCUCUGCUCUAUAACCUUUUCUUCGCAGGGGGUCAGGAGAGGUUCCAAGAUCGAUACAUGGAGAUGGCCAGACUACUGCUAGAUAACGGAUUCGAUCCUAACCGAGACCGAGACUUUUUUCACGCGCUUGUCACCCGAAUAUGGGAUCUGAGCGUAGAAGCGGACGAGGUCGGAGACCGGAUCCCGUUGUCGGCACUCUGCCAACUGGUCGAGCUGGUUCUAAGCCACGGACAAGAUCCCAAUAUCUUUAAGAGAUUCGGCGCCAGGGGGGAGACGACGGCGCUCGCAACGGCCCCUCCCGUGCUGGCAUCUCAACUGAUCCGGCACGGGGCGGAUCCCAACUGCUACAAAACGGCCGGUGACUCGCCCCUGAGCUGGGUUAUGAGGCCGGAGUAUAUCCUGACGACCACGACGAGCAUAGGGAGCGCAGACGAAUGGAGGUACCAAGUAAUCGGGAUCCUGCUCAAGGCCGGGGCUGUCAUCAAGCCUGAUGAUCGCCAGACGAUGAGAUUGUGGCUUGAUAAGUUUCAUGCUAAGGGCUACGACGUGGGAUUAUUGCUAGAGAUCUGUGCCGCUCGAGGCUGCCAGAUAUCUCUGGGAACCAGAGCAACACAGAAAUUCGUGCCUUCGCCUGUAAGAGAGCCAUAUAUGCCAACCACACCAUUUCAAGGCAGAGAAGAGGGGCGAAGCCAUUGGGGGGAAGGGCAAUAUAGCCUCCCAGCUGAAAGCGAAUCAGAUAGGCAGUCCAUGCAGCUGGCGUCUCUACAAUGGAAUCCAAGCGGGGAGCAAGAAGAGAAGAAGAAAGGUCUCCGUCACAAAGCAAAAAGGCUAUUGCGUUGGAGAUGA